AUGGCUGGUGCUGUCCAGAAAAAUGCCUGGCACGCCAUCCGGGUUACUCUUUUCUCGAGCUACGCAAAUGUGAUGCUGGUUUUUGUCUUCCUGGGCAUUCUAUCCGGUGCUCGAGGAUGGGAUCCAUCAGCUGUGUUUAUGCUGAACUUCUUAGCCAUUUUCCCUCUGGCUUCUUUGCUUUCCUUUGCAACCGAAGAGUUGUCUAAAAGUGUGGGACAGACGGUGGGAGGAUUGAUCAAUGCGACCUUCGGAAAUGCGGUAGAGAUGAUCGUGGGAAUCACUGCCGUAACUCAGGGGGAGAUCAACAUUGUUCAAUCGAGUAUGGUUGGCAGUAUUCUUUCCGGAACUCUUCUGGUUCUAGGAUGCUGCUUCCUAGGUGGAGGAUAUGGGAAAGAGACGCUAUCCUUCAACAUCGAUGUCACUCAAAUCAUGUCGUCUUUGAUGAUCGUUGCCUCCACCUCGCUCAUCAUCCCCUCCGCUUUAUACUCGACUACUCUCGCCGAACUACCCGAGGGAGACGAUUAUAUCCUCACCCUAUCCCAUAUCACCUCGAUUUUCCUACUCAUUUUUUACUUGGUCUAUCUUUAUUUCCAGCUGAAAAGCCACGCCCAUCUUUUCGCUAGCACCGAGGAGGAAUCGGAAGAAAAGCGCGAAUUAGAACCCCUUCCCGCUAGUAUAAUUCUGAUCCUUGCAACCCUCGGAGUCACCGUCUGUUCCGAUUACUUGGUAGAAGGCGUAGACGGGUUUGUGGAGGUAUACGGGGUCAGUCGGGCUUUCUUGGGGAUGAUUGUCGUCCCCAUUGUCGGCAAUGCGGGCGAAUUUGCUAUCACGGUGAAUGCCGCCAUGGGCGGCAAGUUAGAUCUCGCCAUUGGAGUCAUUGUGGGAAGCACGCUUCAGAUUGCACUCUUUGUGACCCCGUUCCUGGUGAUUUGUGGAUGGGUUCUUGGGCAGCCGAUGUCUCUGCGGUUCAAUACUUUCGAAACCGCUUGCUUCUCCCUUGCUGUGGUGGUGAUGAACUGCUUGACUCGAGAGGGGAAGUCGAAUUACUUCGAAGGAUUAUUACUGAUUGGGACGUAUUUGAUCAUCGCGAUCGCAUUUUACGUACAUCCGGAUAAACACUUGAAUGACAAACCAGAUGCCAAUACAAGCGACCCUACGAUCUUUGACUGCCCCAGAAGCACGUUCGAUAUCACGGUAGAGCAACUCAGUGAACUCAUAGAGUCUAGAAGUCUAGAGACCUUCCACGCGUUAGGAGGUCUUGCCGGGUUAGAAAAAGGGCUGCGGACUGACCGAAACAGUGGACUGAGUGUCGAUGAAUCAACGAUUGCGGACUCUGUCGAAACAACGGAAAUUGCGACAGGACAACAUAAUGCGCGCUUUACAGACAGGACAAAGGCCUUCGGGAAUAAUCAUCUUCCAGUGAAGAAACAGCCGAGCAUUUUCCAGCUCAUGUGGAUGGCAUACAAUGACCAUGUUCUGUUCUUUUUAACUGGAGCGGCAAUUGUCUCUUUAGCGCUUGGCUUGUACCAGACACUUGCGACUAAGCACUCAGCUCGCAAUCCGCCCGUUGAAUGGGUGGAAGGGGUCUCGAUCCUCGUUGCCAUCAUUGUCAUUGUUCUUGUCGGCGCCGCGAAUGAUUUUCAGAAGCAAAUCAAGUUUCAAAAAUUGAACAAGAAGAAGUUAGAUCGCAACGUGACGGUCGUUCGAUCCGGUCACGCUCGUGAAGUCCCGAUCUCUGACCUAGUUGUGGGAGAUGUUGUACAUGUGGAGCCCGGGGAUGUAAUCCCAGCGGAUGGGGUUCUAAUCCAGGGUUACCAUGUCAGAUGUGAUGAGGCGUCCGCCACCGGCGAAUCUGAUCUCCUACGAAAACACUCUGGAGAUGAAGUUAUCGAUGCGAUUCGAAGGAACAAUGAUACUCAAAGCUUAGACCCUUUCAUAAUAUCCGGGUCAAGUGUAGCUGAAGGGGUCGGGUCUUAUGGCAAGAUUCUCCUCACACUAAAUGAUGAUCCUGGCUUUACACCUUUGCAAACACGGCUCAAUGUGUUGGCGAAGUACAUCGCCAAUUUUGGUGGGUUGGCAGCCCUUGUUCUAUUUAUCAUCCUCUUUAUCAAAUUCCUCGCCAGCCUUCCUCACAGUAGUCUAACACCAGCGGAAAAGGGACAACAGUUUCUGGAUCUCUUUAUCAUCUCACUCACUGUCGUGGUGAUUGCAGUCCCAGAGGGUCUUCCGCUGACUGUGACCCUUGCACUGGCUUUUGCAACCACAAGGAUGCUCAAAGAUCAUAACCUAGUCCGCAUGUUGAGGGCCUGCGAAACCAUGGGGAAUGCGACAGAUAUAUGCUCGGACAAGACCGGGACACUGACCCAGAAUAAGAUGACGGUCGUCGCUGGGGUGAUUGGCACUACCGGCAAGUUCGUUGAUCCACAACAGGUAGACAACAAUACCACGGAUCCGUCCACCAGCCCAACUACCAGCGACUACACUCGGUGUCUGGCGCCUGACACUCGGUCACUUCUCAGGCAAUCCAUUUCACUCAACUCUACCGCAUUUGAAAGUGCCGAAGCAGGUAUCAAGUCAUAUGUGGGUUCUAAAACAGAAGCUGCCCUCUUAACAUUCGCUCGAGAUCAUCUAGGAAUGAGCCAACUUGAUGAUGAACGUUCAAAUGCGAAAAUUGUAGAAGUGUUUCCGUUCGAAAAUGCUCGCCAAUGUAUGGUCACAGUUGCUCAACUGGAAAACGGCAAGUAUCGUGCAUAUGUGAAAGGGGCCCCAGAGGUGCUGCUUGACAAGUGUACCGAAGCAAUUGAAGACCCAAGCAAGGGGCUCUCCACACGACCGAUCAACGCAGACAUGGCCCAGGGCCUGCGCCAGAUAAUCGCCAAUUAUGCCGGCCGGUCCUUGAGAACAAUUAUCGUGUUGUUCCGUGACUUCGAUGUAUGGCCUCCCCUUGGUGAACUGGAUGAUCAGGUUGAAGAAUUAAAGAUAGAAAACAUUCUCCAAGGUCUUACUUUCCUCAGCGUCAUGGGUAUUCGAGACCCUCUCCGAAACGGUGCUCGGGACGCCGUGCGGUCUUGCCAUAAAGCUGGUGUGGCCGUUCGUAUCGUGACGGGUGAUAACCUUUUGACAGCCAAAGCUAUUGCUGAAGAAUGUGGUAUUCUCACAAACCCAGAAGAUGUUACGAUGGAAGGCCGAGAGUUUCGUCAGCUUGGCGACUCACAACAGCUCGAGGUCAUUCCACGUCUCAAAGUCCUAGCGAGAUCUAGCCCGGAAGACAAGAGAACAUUGGUUCGUAGAUUGAAAGAAAUGGGAAGAACUGUCGCUGUCACCGGUGAUGGAACGAAUGAUGCCCCUGCUCUGACUGCAGCCGAUGUUGGAUUUUCCAUGGGCGUCUCCGGAACUGAAGUCGCGCGCGAAGCCUCAUCAAUUGUCCUCAUGGAUGAUAACUUCAGCUCGAUUGUGAGAGCAAUCAUGUGGGGUCGAGCUGUCUCCGAUGCCGUCAAGAAAUUUCUGCAGUUCCAAAUAACCAUCACAUUCACCUCUGUCGGACUCGCUUUCGUCUCAUCCGUGGCCAGUUCCAAUGAACAGUCGGUUCUUACUGCUGUACAGCUCAUGUGGGUAAAUCUGUUCCAAGACACGUUAGCAGCCCUGGCACUGGCCACCGACCCUCCAUCGCGCAAAGUAUUAGACCGGAAGCCGGAACCGAGAUCGGCUCCUUUAAUCACAAUCCCAAUGUGGAAGAUGAUCAUAGGGCAAUCAAUCUACCAACUAGCGGUGACUCUUGUCCUUCACUUUGCGGGAAGCAGUAUCUUCUCCUAUACACCUGACGACAAGGAUGGGCUCCAGACAGCGGUAUUUAAUACAUACGUUUGGAUGCAGAUUUUUAAUAUGUAUAACAACCGCCAACUCGAAAACAGCAUUAACCUUCUCGAGGGCGUAUCCCGAAACUGGCUAUUCAUAUGUGUGACUCUCCUAAUGAUGGGCUGCCAAAUCCUAAUCAUUUUUGUCGGCGGCCGUGUCUUCUCCGUCGUCAGACUUACCGGUACACAGUGGGCUUACUCGCUUGUUUUGGGGGCUCUAUCCAUCUUGGUCGGCUUCGUUAUUAGACUCGUACCGGAUGAACCAGUUGAAUGGGUCUUUGAUGUGUUGGGGGGUACCUGGUCGUUCAUCGUUUUGAAGUUGAAGGUCAUGCGGAGAAGAAGGGAUGACGAUGAUGUUAGUGCUUGA